CCUAGUCUAUCUACGGAGCUGUGACUAUGUAUGAGCUGGAGUCGCAAGAACAGGGUUGAAGCUCCGUCACGUAAGAGACUCUUGUACAGUUGUAACUCGUGAACGUUUUUUUGGAAAACCUUUUGGCAGUGCUAGCUGCGUAAGGCUGUGUGCUUCUUAUUCCUAAUCGCAAUGCCGGUUGCGGACAGCAGUCGUCUCUACGCGCCAACGCGAUCCUCCCUCGCCAAGACACGAUCAGUCAGUCCGCCCCUGCAGCGACGCCUUUCCCCCACGAGCACCACCAGGAAUGGAACUCAGGUCUCCGAGCCAAGUACUGGUUUGGUCCGAGCCUCGUCCCCGAAUAGAACCGGUGCGCCCACAGGCAACGGGUUCCCGCGAGCUAGCGGUACAGCCGGCAGAGAGUCUCAGCCGGCGAGCGUAAGAGCGGGCCAGCGCCUUGAGGGCACUGCAGAGACGCGGAGAUGGUCCGCAGGGAGCGGUCCUGCGCGCUUGCCAUCCCCCUCCUCCCCCCCGACCUCCCCGCGGUUCACUCGGCGCAGGGACGCGUCCUCCCCGCCGUCCUCCCCCGGCCUGGGACCCGGUCGGCCGUCGAGGCGAACGGACCACAGCGGCGAUGGCGGGCACGCGGCGCUGGAGAGGCAGGGGCUGGCGGUGCUGCAGGGGCGGCGGCUGUCGGAGUCGAGCUCGAGCAUGUCGGUGCUGGGCGUGGUGGAGGAGCACGCGGGCGAUACGGGCGAGGGAUCGCGGCAGGGGUCGGUGGACGCGCUGGAGGCCAUGAGCAACAGCAGCCAGAUCAGCGACAGCGGCAGCUACUGCGGCGCCGCCCCCGCCCCCGCCGCCGCCAGGAACCACAAUCUCCAGGCCGCGGAUGGCGCAAGGCCGCACGCUCUGGUUCUUUACAGACGCCAAGGCGGGAAUGUCGCAGGACUUGUCGCUCCUGCUGACGUGGACAGGUAUUACGAGAGUGGUCGGCACUUGGGGCAAGUGCUGCGGGGGGGCGCGGGACAGGCGCGCAUUGUCAGCCCCGCGGAACUUGCCGUAGCCGCGGAGCUUGCGACCUUGGCGGAUUCCGUUACGGAUGCGGACGUGUAUGCGCCGUCCUCCGCAGCUGCCGCGCUUAUGUCCGCCACAGACGGCCUCUCCGCUGCCACCUCUGCUUUCGCCUCCUCCUCUGUUCCCCCGCCGCCCGGCGCGCCUUCCCCAGCAUUCUCCUACAGUCUCUCCGCGCAGCGGCCGCUCUCAGCCUCCCGGUGGCCCCCAACGGUUGUUGCGCUCGCGCGCCCGGCUGACGCGGGACUAGGCGGACUGGAUGUGAGGGCGCGGCUGGGGCGGACCCUGGGCUAUGGAAGCCUUGGUGGAGGGGGAGAGGGGGGGGAAAAUUUGGCUGUAGCGGGGUCGGGCAUUGAGGGGCAGGGGCGAGCGGCGCAGCAGCAGCAGCAGCAGCCAACUAAGGACGCCAAGGAACUCGCGCGCUCGCUGCUACUGCAGUUGUCGGGCGGCAGAAAGGGGCUGCCGGGGGGAGGCGCGGCGGAGGUGAUUGCAGUGCGCAAAGGGAGUGGGGGGGAGUCGGCGCAAAGAAACGAAGCAGCGUUGGGUGCCUCGGCUGCAAUGCGCGGGGAUGGCUUGAGCGGAUCGCAUCGCCUGGAGGAGGGCGCAUCUGCUACAGCCGCAGGCAGGGGGGGCGUAACUGUCAGGGAGGCGGAGCAGCAGGAGGCUGACUCAAUAGUGGCACAACGGAGAGGUUACAACGAGAAGUGGCGCGCUGCUACUGAGAUAAAUGGCGGUGAUGAGAUGCCCGAUGCGGCUUUCGAUGAUGCCGUGACGGUGACGACGACAGAGCGCGGGCGGAGCGAGGAGACGCCCAAGUGGAAACAGCCGUGGUCGCAGCCGCGGCCGCGACAGCAGCUGGAGCAGCUGGAGCAGGAGGAAGAACUGCCGCAGCAGCAGCAGCAGGAACAAAGGCAGCAAAGGCAGCAGCAGGAACGGAGACAGCUGCAGGAAGAGAGGCAGGAGGAGGAGGAAUGGCAGCAGCAGGAAGAGGAGCGAUCCGAGGAGGCGGAAGCGGAGUCAAUGGAGGCGGAAGAAGAGGAGCGGAAAGGGAUGGGUAUGAGCGCAGAGAAGCAGACGCUGCAGCAGAGGCAGCAGAAGCUGCCGUCGCAGUCAAGUCUUCUCCAGCAGCAGCAGCAGCAGGUGGCGGGGGGAGGCAGUCCGGUGUCGACCCUGGAUGUGGCGCUGAGCAAGGGGUCCCCCUCAACCGACGCAGGUGAGGAGGAGGGGGGGGUGGCCUUGUACAUGCGCACGCACGCAGAUGCUGCCAGUGAUGGGGACUGGAUGGCAGCCGCUGAGAGCCACCGGGUAGAGCCGGGAGCUGGAGUGGGCGAGGAGAGAUGCAUUGAAGCAGCAGCAGAGGCGGGCGCUGAAGCAGAGCCUGUGUGUGGCGAUGAGCCGUGCGUGCCUGCCUCCCACACGCCGCCCCUCUCGCAUACCCAAGGUGACAAGCCUUCGGACCCCUCCCUGCUCACACCAGCAAUUCCUCCUGCCCCUCCCGCCUUCACCACCGCCCCCACCCCGGCACCUGGCGCACUCAAUCCACCCCUCGCUGCUCCUCCCCCUCCUCCUCUUCCCCUACCACCACUCGAGUCGCUGAGCACGGUGGACCUGUCCACGCUCGCCUUCGUCCCGCCCACCGCCAGCAUGGAGGAGGACAUCGAGUACAUCCGCUACGUGCUCGUCGCUGCUGGCUUCGCCGCGCUCUCCCUGCCGCCCGCGGCAUCCCCCCAUGCGCCCAUCAGCCCGGCGGUGUUUGAAGUCCUGGAGGCCGAGUUCCUGUCGCUGGAUGGCAUCAUUGUGGACCCAGCCAACCCCCUCGGACCACUCUCGGGAUCAGCAGCACCAGGGGCCACGGCAGGGGCUUCCAAAACUUCAGCAGCAGGAGCAACGUCGGAUGCAUUUUCGGAGAGUGAGAGCCUGCCAUCAGAUGCAGCACCGGCCUUCUCCCCUCCAGCCCUCCCCACCAAUUACCCCGACGAGCGGCGGCAGCGCCGCCUUCUCUUCGAUGCUGUGAACGAAGCCCUCGGCCGCCGCCUUUCGCCCUUCCUCCUGCCCUCUCACCCCUGGGAACACCUGCACGUCGUGCGACCCGCUCCCCUGAGGAAGAGGCCAGCAGGGAGACGACUCCUGCAGGAGGUGUGGGCUGAGAUCCACUCGUGGGCUGUGCCGAUGUCUGAUGACGUGUUUGACACCCUUGAUGACCUGGCACGCAGGGACUUGUGGAAGGGACUGGACACGUGGAUUCCCAUGGAUGAGGCCGUGGAUGGAGAGGUGCCAGAUAUUGUGUUCUCAUUGGAGGAGUUGCUUAUGGGGGAGCUGAUUGGGGAGAUGUGUGCAGAUUGGGUGGAUGUUGAGAGGAGAAAGCUAAAAGGGAGGGCGGGUGGAAGGGAUGGGUUGAUGGAAGGAGGGAAGUCGUUGGCUGGGGAGGCUGGAGCCAAGGCAACUGCCGUUACAUUGGAAGAGAAGGAUGGUGGCACAGCGAGAGGGUCACCACCAGGUGGCAGUGGGAGAGAUGGCGGUGGGUCCAGUAGGUCCCUACGAUGGCUGCGACUGGGAAGAUGAGGAAUUUGAGCUGACUAAUGACACCAAUCCUAACACUGCUGCUGAAGCUAGACUAAUCUAGCAGAGGCACUUGAUUUUGCGGGAACUGGCAAUGCAUGCAUGCUUCUUACAUACCCCUUUCUCUGGCAUUGGUGUGCUCGUAAUGGGUCAGAUCCUUCGUAUCUCAACUUUGCCUACUUUCUCUUGAAAUGUUGUGCAAUAAAAAUUUCCAGCUUUG